AUGCGGCUGUCCGCCGUGCUGCGGGCGGCGCAGGAGGUGCAGCUGUCGCGCCACUACCGCCACGGCAUGAACCGGCCCGGCUCGGUGGCCGACAAGGCCAGGAACCCCCCGGGCCUCCGCCGCAAGAAGGUCUUCGUGGAGCCCCUCGCCGACGCCCACUGGAAGGUCUUCCAGGGAGACACGGUGCAGGUCUUGAGCGGGAAGGACGCCGGCAAGCAGGGGCUGGUGGCCCAGGUCAUCCGCCAGCGCAACUGGGUCGUGCUGGAGGGCCUCAACGUGCAUUACCGGUACGUGGGGAAAUCCCCCAUCUAUCCCGGGACCUACGUUGCCAGCGAAGCCCCGCUAAUGGUGAACGAUGUGACCCUGAUUGAUCCCACCGACAGGAAGCCUACAGAGGUGGAAUGGCGGUACACGGAAGAGGGCGAGCGGGUCCGCGUCUCUCUGAGAACGGGCAGGAUCAUCCCUCAGCCCAUCGUGCCCAGGGAGGAUGGCAUUGUGCCAGAGCAGUGGAAAGACGGCCCCAAGGACACGUCUGUGGAGGAUGCCCUAGAGAGGACCUAUACCCCUUCCUUGAAGACGUUCCAAGAGGAAAUCAUGGAGUUGCAGGGGAUUGUUGAGACCCGCCAGUUCCGGAAAUCCUAUUGGUACUGAUGUCUCUGUAGCCAGC